UUCUUCUGCCUUUGGAGUGAUAUGGUGUGACACUUGCAGGAUUCGCUUCAGGUGGUUCAUUUUUCUCGUCCGUCGAUAUGGCAGUAAUAGAAAAGUAGUAACAGCAAAAGGUGAAAAUUAAAACGCUAAACUAGCGGCUGUUACGUUAGAUCUAGGAGAAAAAUGGCAGUCAGACGGCACGGUUGUUCGAUUUGAAUUGAUAUCCUGCGGUGUUGAAAGAGUUAAUGGAGUUAAAAGUUGAAACACAUAAUGUGGUGGUAGAGCUAGAGAUCUCUAAGUAGCAAAAAAGUGGACUGUUUAAUAUAAAAUGAAGUGAGCUCGGUGGCACGCUCAGAAGUGACAUAUCAGUUAAAAUGCAUUGAAUGCUGAAGUAGUUUUGGUUCUGUUGGAAAAAAAAUAUAUCGAAAGAACCGACACAGUUAUCAAAAUGUCCCUCGAUGGAUCGAGUUCUUUUGUCGGAACAUGGGAGAUCAUCGAAUCUUAUCUGGAUGGAACUACGGAGAAACUCGGAAUGGACGGGGUCAAAUUCCGCCUGGAUGAAAUGGGCGACAUCAUCUGGUACAAUGACCUGAUCAACACGAACCAAAGUAUUUUCGAUGACCAGAAGAUGUCCAGCUUUGAGUGCGGGUUUUGUCCGAUAAACGAUUCGGCCGUAGUGUUGUUCAGCUGCGAGACUUUCGAAGUCAUCGAACUGACAUCCAAUGGACCAGGACUGAUCUUCGGGGCCUAUACGGGUCACAGUAUCGAGUUCAAAACCAACUCGUACCAACCGACCGAUCGAAUGACACUCAAGUGUGAUGGCUGGUGUCAGCUGGUUUGCAAGCGUGUCAUGGAUGAUCAAUCGGUGGGUCAGGAGAUACCGUUUACCCUGCUGUCGGUGCUUGAUGAUGGAAAUUUUUGCGAUGUAACCCUGAAGAGCUGUGAAAAUGUCAUCUACAAUGUCCACUCACCGAUACUGCGCUUGAACGGAUUUGACUGUAGCAGUAUGGCAGCUGCCACGACUUAUCAACACAUUGCGAGUCGCUUUGAGGUGGCAUCCACCGCCGAACGGCCACAUGCACCAUUGACGAAAGUGUCUUCGGUUCCGUGUACCCAAUCAUCCAGAGCAUCGUUCCAACAUAUCAGCCAGCGGCCCAGUCUUGCAACGACCAACAAUUUUCUACUUCCACCUGCUUUAGACGUUUACAAUUUCUCUCCCAAACUAGUCAACAAUGUUUCCAACUCAUUCAACUGUCUCGCCGCAAACGUCUCCAUUCUUUUGGAUGUUCCCGAAAGGAACAGAGUUUCUGCAUCGGACUCAAACCUUAAUUCCGACAGGAACAUUUUUUCCUUCCCCAUCCCUAGUAUCGCUACAACCAGUGUCGAUCCAUUCCAGCGAGGACAAAUCAAGCCACCAUCCUCGCCGUUCCGUACGAGAAGUUCUUCCCUUUUUCCUUGCUCACUGGAUACUCCGCCAUCAUCUCCCCUGACACCACUCACCGUACUGAACAACAUUCCCACUAAGAUGUUGAGCACCAUUCUGCACUGGUUGUACUGUGAAUGUCUUCCUGAGGGUUUGGAAGAGGAAACUUGCAUCAAUUUGAUAGCGAUGUGUGAGAGUACGACUCCCCUGAGUAGAAUGGUCGAACCUUGCAAGAAUUAUCUACGGAACAUUCAACUUAAGAAGUUUGUCAUCGAUGUUGUUUCCGAUCUUCACGAAAGCCUGAACUUCAUGAUCCAGAUGGUGAAUCCCAAUACGAUUUCCCAUAGUCCCUGUGUACUCUGUCAGGUGUUCAAGGAAGGAUUCAAGGAAACUCUUACAGCAAUCAUCAAACUGCUGCAGUUCUGCAACAUCUUUACCAAAGAUGUGACCACAUUCACUCGCCAUCAGCGGCAUGAGAUCAUCAAAUACGUACGGUCCCGGAUGCCGAUUUUUCUCUCGCAAACUCAUCAGCUGCUGCAAAACAUCAACGUGGUUCUCAGCAGUUUGACGAGCGAGGAGAAAAACGACCUGGUGUCCUACUUGGUACCGGAGAUCACGUACGUGUUGGAGGUACUCACGUCUGCUAUUUCGGAAGUGAAGAAUUCCCUGGAAAAGGUUUGCAAGGAUCUAAAAUCAACGCACGCCACCGACACUCGCAGCAACGGGAAUGGUUCGGCGGGCGGAACACGAGAAGGAAGGCAGCCGGUUCGCGUGCGCACCAGAAGUUCCAGCGGAUACUCCGGUAACAGUGUGUACCAGGAACCACCGAGUCCAUCCACCGGUGGUGACUCUCGGAUGAAACCAAACUCCGAAAAUGAUUUGAAAUUCUUCCUGUACAUGUACGAGGUGAAGAAAAUGCGUGACAUCUACGGGCGGGUGGCAAGUGCGUUGGAAGUGAUACUACACAAAAGAUCGACGUUCAACGAUAUGAAUCAUCUGUAUCAACAUCAAACUGUGCGGUCGAACUUGGAUCAGCUUAUUCUGGAAGUGCCAAUUUUAAUUGCUAGAUUAGAGGAAUUAUGUGAUACCAUUGAUGAAAAGAUUGGUUGGAAGGAGUUUAAAUUUUGCUUCAAAUUUUUGACAAGUCAGGUGAAUGGAAUUAUUACAAAAUUACUGGAACAUAAGUCUGCCUUGAACGAAGCUAUGUUUUAUAUAUCCAAUCUGGUACAGAAAGAACAGUUCACACGUGCCAUGUUAGAAUUAGGUCUGUUGGAGAAUCGUUGCGUGGAUAACAGUGGGUUCGGUGAUCCACGACCCUGUCCUAGUCGAUAUUUUGAUUAUACUAAUACAAAGUUGAACCUAGUGCAAAAUCUUUGCGAACCUCCGUCGGCACUACACAGCAGUCUUUCGAAAAACGCCCUUAAAUUGUUACACUCGGGUCAAUUAGCAGAUAUGGAAUUUGAAGUGGUUGUUUCGCCGACGGACUGUCAAAACGAAAACAUCGUUUCGGUGUUCGACUUUAGUCCGGACGAUGCGUUACUGUCGGACAGUACCGGCGGAACGAACUGCGGAACACCCGUAAAAAAUCAAACGCAUACCUUCAAAGCACACCGGGUCAUUGUGGCAGCACGUUGUGAGUGGUUCAAAAAGGCACUGCUGUCCGGGAUGCAGGAAGAAAUAACGAGAAAAAUCAUAAUCCACGACACUUCGCCAGUGAUAUUCCGGAGAAUGUUACUUUAUUUGUAUGGUGCACCGGUAGAUAAGUCGGUGGGAGUUGAUCAGAUCUGUGAACUGAUGCUGCUGGCCGAUCGAUACUCCGUGGAUAACCUGAAGGACAUUUGUGAAAAUACCCUCAUUACAUCGAUCGAUGGAGAAUCGAUAAUCUAUUUGCUGGGAAUUUCCGAUCGAUUCAACGCAUCCACACUGAAAGCGAGCUGUUUAUCGUAUGUUUCACAGCAUACCGAACUUACAAAGCAGGACAUUUUCAACGAACUUCCCGGUUAUCUGCAGAAUGAAGUUCAAGAUCUUAUCAAAUGGUGUGGCCGAGUACCGGAACCAUGGUCGGACAGAUCUCGACGCAGCUUGAAAAGCCCAUCUCGGACCAAAUCGUCUCGCUCAAGAAAAACUUCCCCUUCGUUCAUGUGACAAUGAUGUGACAAAGUCAUGCAGUUGGAAUCGAUGCGCUUUAUGAUGAAUAGGCGAAACAUGCAAACUGUGAUGUUAAGGAAGAAUGAAAUGAAAUGGUAGUGAAUUGAAUGUCGAAAUCUGUAUAGUUGAAACUUUGCUAUAGAUAGUGAUUGAAAUUCCAAUUUGUUCACUUUUCCGAUUAGCACCGAUUUUGAACGUCGUUCGUGCACUGUUCAUCCAGAGUUUCCUAGUCGUGAUGGAUCCCAAACAUUGAUUGAAACAAUUUAAAAGAUAGAUACAACAGUUGAAACAUUAUAUCCCAGUGCUUCGAAGUCUGUGUGGUUCAUCACUAGAGGAAGAGAAAAGUAAUUAUCAUCUCCUGACACCCAAGCAACCCUAGUUCUAGGAAGUAUUGCAUUACAUUCCCAUCUGAAAUAACAAUAUAUCGAACAAAAUAACUCACCGAAUAUAGUCAAUGUGAUACACGACAGCCAUGUGGCAAUAGUGCCAAAACAGUUUGUUUUUUAUCUAGAUAACUUACAGUAUAGACAUGUAUGUGUGUAUAAUGAUUUGUAUGUGUUACUCUGUUGUAUAGUGCUUUUCCGUGCGACUUAUGUAUUUGGUGAAAUCAUUUCUGAUACUAGUAGAGUUUGUUGAAUUCGUGACUAUAUUAUAAUUUAAAGAAAAACCCAUUUUACAAGGUGCAACAUUUCUUACACGAUACACUAGUUGUUGUUUUAUCAAAUAAAAUGUCCCAAGUGAA